UAUUUUCUUCCUUGUUCAAUGAUCAUAUGAGGUGCUGAUAAACGUGUGCGUUUUUAAAAGAUCAUUUGAAGGAAUUAUUGUUUUAGCCCAGGUGAUUUUGAUUCCGAUCUAAAAUCAGCUCUUCAUGGCGAAUAAAAAGAUGGAUCGAGAUUUUUUCAAAAAAGACACCAUACAUGGACUAAUGAAAAGAAUAAUGUAUAAAAAGUAUUUGCAAGCGUACAUUGCAAAGACUCAAUAUGAAAAGGUAAAAUACGCUUACAAAACAAUCAUAAUAGAUGCGUUUGCUGGAGCUGGUAGAUAUGGACCGCAGUACCAGUGGCCUGCAGAAAUAGAAAAGUAUGGAUCACCACUGAUCGCGCUUAUGGUUGCGUUGGGUUUCUCUCAUAGGAAACAGAAAAUGCCCAAUGUUAUCUGGGGAUGGGAAGGAUCUUGCAAGAAUCCGGAGACUGAACUUAGAGGCCUUAGCAAAUCUAACAGAAUGGAAUCUGUUAGAAUUGACGACAGUUGUGAUAUUGAAUUGAUAUUUAUUGAAAGUAAUAACGAGAAUUACAAAGAGUUAACCUGUAAUGUUGAAAUAUUACUAAUAAGGUUCAUAGCAAGUUAUUACCCGUCGUGCAGAUAUGGGAGAGUAAAAAGUGAUGACAAAACGUACUUCUCGUUCACCGAUCAUCCGUUUUCCAUCCAUGUCAGGAUCAUUAACGGUAGUUUCGAAACUUUUGAGCCACCUCCUGAUCUGGAAAAAAGCGGGGUAGUUAGUCUGACUUUCCUUGAUCCAUUUGGAUAUACGAAAACACCAAUGCGAAAUGUUCAACGAUUUUCACCAGGUCCUAGAAAUGAUAUCCUUAUAAAUUUCAUGAGUAGUUAUGUGAACCGCCAGGUGAAGAGAAAUCCAAAAGGUGUGGCUGCUUUGUUUGGAAUAGAUCUGGAGCAAAUUGCUGAAAGGGAUAAAGAAAGCUUGUCCGACUUUGUAGAUAACAUUAUCAGGUCAUACGAAAAGCCGAACGAAGUCUUACCGUUGAAAAGGGCUAAGGUUAUCGCAAAAAAUUAUGAACAAUUUUUGAAAAAGAAAACUGGAACAAAGUUUUCUCUUACUUUUGAAAUGAGAAGAGAAAACAAUGACAUUCUUUAUCAUAUAAUUUACAUAACAAACCACAUAGAAGGAGUAAAAUCAAUGAAAGAAUCGAUGAACAGAUGCUCUCAGGUAGAAGACGGAAUGGAAAUGUCAGAAUUUUACAUUCUGCGGAAAGGUCAAAAAAUAAAUCUCGGAAAUAUGGACAACCCUGAGAAGGUCGCAAACACCGUAUAUGAACACUUCAAGGGCCGAGAAGAGGUAAAAUUAUGCCGAAUAAGCAAUUUUGUUUGGAUUGAUACUCCAUAUUUAUUCAGGACGAAACCUCUCGGAAAAUUGGAAAAGGGUGGCAAAAUUAGCGUGAGACAUGUUUGCCCAUCUAAUAGCCAAAGAAAAAGGAGACGUUACACAUUUCCAGAAAAACCCAAAGAGGGCAAUCCUGUAAUGUACUAUCUAACAUUUUCAUCAGAAAACGUUACGUCAGAUCAUCCUGAGCAGUCAUUUAGUAGUACAGCUGAUGUUUUGCCUAGUAAAGUUGAAACGAGUGGUAAAUCAUCAAAAGGGAACGUUGUAAAGAAGAAAAAGGUUAUGAAAAGAAAAGAAAAUGGAGGCACGUGUGCAAGUGUGAAAAUGAAUGUUAAAGAAAAAUUUGAAAAUGAUGCAAGAUCGAUAGAGAAAAAAGUAGAAAAGAUAACAGACCUGAAGAAGAGGGAGGAAUCAGACAAAAUUGCAAAUAAGAAAAUUGAGAGUGUACAAUUCAUAGAAAAUCGAGAGAAAGAAAGAAAACAGAAAAUGAAGCUGAAAAGAAGAGAGAAAUCCGAGAAGCGUAAGAAUGGGAAAGAAAAAUUGACAAGUGAUAGAACAUCGAAAGAGAAUGAAAUAAAGAAGAAAAUGAAGCUGAAAAGAAGAGAUGAAUCGAAAGAGUGUGAUAUUGAGAAUAAAGAGAUAGAAGGAAAACUGACAAGUAAGAGAAAACCGGGAGAGAAAGAAACAAAGAAGAAAGCGAAGCUGAAAAGAAGAGACAAAUCAAAAAGGUUUGAUAUUGGGGAAGUGGAGACAGAAGAAAAAGUGAAAAGUGAUAGAAAGUCGAAAGAGAAAGAAAGAAAGAUGAAAAUGAAGCUUAAAAGAAGAGAGGGAUCACACAAAUGUGCUAGUUUGAAAGUUGAGAAUAAAACAGGACUAGAAAGUGCGAGAAAAUCGAACAACAAAGAAGUAAAGGAGAAAAGAAAUAUUAAAAAGUUUUCUGUCGAGCGCAAGAGAAAGAAAGAAAUCGACAUUUCAUCUCAAACUAACCAAAAGAAGCCAAAACUCAGUUGACAGAAAAACGGCUUCGUACAAAUCAGUAACGAGGAAACUGGUGUUAAAAUCUGAAUAUUUCGCCUUUUCUAAUUCGUUGAAAUUUGGGACGAAAAGAAAAAAUAUCGAUAUCUUUGCUUUAUCAUCUAUAUUGUGUUGUGGCCCGCCCGCCUAGCUCAGUAGGUAGAGCGUUGGUCUACGGAUGGAGGGGUCAUGAGUUAGAUCCUCGGGCGGAGUGUAUGUUUUCCGUGACUAUUUGAUAAACAACAUUGUGUCUGAAAUCAUUCGUCCUCCACUUCUAAUUCAUGUGGGGAAGUUGGCAGUUACUUACGGAGAACAGAUUUGUACUGGUACAGAAUCCAGGAACACUGGUUAGGUUUAUUGCCCGCCAUUACAUGACUGAAAUACUGUUGAAAACAGCGUUAACCAAAAACAAACAAACAAACAUAUAUUGCGUUUUGUGUUAAUCAGUUUUGUUGUCAUCGCAUAUAGAUUUUAUUCAUUUAAGCUUUGUGUUACCCGGAGACUGCAUGUACUUUCAAAUUGGAACGCACAAAUAUGUAUUUUUAAGGGUAAUUCUUUUUUCACAGCAUACUUUUAGUGCAAUAUCAUGCUAGUUCUGCUUUUUAACGUAACCAGGGCUUUUUUUCUCAAGAUUACGGUGAAAUUUUCUUUCUUCGCAUCGUAAAAAGCUCGCCUUUACCAAAGGUAAUAACGGACUUCAUAGACCGACAUCUAUACAUUCUGUCAGAAAUGGCUUUAAAAUGCAACGUUUCGUGUUGUAGAGCUUCAAACUUCCUCGAACCCUGAACCAGCACCUCUACUUACAUCUAAUUGUCCAGGAGAGUAGUAUGUACAUUCAACCUGAUUUGCUCAUAUGUUGUUUUAUUAAAUGGCAUAAUAAGCACCAUUUAUUUGUUCUUUUAGAAUUGAAAAAAAAGUUUUGGGUAGGACCACUAAAUCCCCAGCCCUACCUAAACUCAAAUUAUUAAGGCUAGUAGGAUGUACUUAUCAACCUGAUUUGGCUCAGAAUUUGAAUUCUGAAAAAAAAACUUAAAAUGCAACAUUUUACCAUUUUUUAAUGUAGAAUUUUACAAUUUCAAAACAGGAAUAUACAACUAGUCCACCUGUUACUGGAAGGAAUGCUAUAAGGAUAAUAUUUUGUCUUGUUUUAUCAUGAGUGUCAUUUUCGUAAUUCCAUUCUCAAGUAUCAGAGUCUGACACUAACUAGCCUGAAU